CCCAUCUUACUUUGGGUUUUCAUUUCCUCCGCCAUUUUCCUUAGCUGUUUCUUGAAUAAGUCGUCCGAUUCAUUUCUUCGAUUCAGAUCAUUUUUAACGCUUAAGUUUAGUUUACAGUAACGUAUCUUCGUUCUUCAAGAAGAUGUCCAGCGAACAGACGGAACAUGUUUCUGAGAAUGCGGGCCAGCAACAGCAGCAGCCGUCGCCGCCACAGCAACAGGGGGAGGAGGAGGGAGAUAUGAGUGGGAAAGUAAGGCAUGAAUCGGCUUCAAGCAGAAAAGAGAGGCCUCAGAAGAGAGGUGGAGGUGGCCGUUUUGAACCUUAUGGAAAUGUUAACAAGAGAUACCGUGUCUUUGUCAGUAACAUUCCAUAUGAUGUGAAAUGGCAAUCACUCAAAGACCUGAUGAAAGAAAAAGUGGGUGAGGUAACGUACGUGGAACACUUAAUGGACGCAGAAGGCAAAUCGAGGGGUUGUGCUCUUGUUGAGUUUAGGACUGAAGAGUUAAUGAAGAGAGCAGUGGAGACCGUCAACAAGCACAACCUCAAUGGGCGACCCCUCAAAGUUAAAGAGGACCCUGAUGGUGUGAUUGCUCAGAGGGAACUCAACAAGUCACAGGGUGGAGGAGGCCAUCCAGGAGGCCAUGGAGGAGUUGGGGGCAUGGGUGGAAUGGACCGCAUGGGCGGACUGGACCGCAUGGGCGGACUGGACCGCAUGGGCGGACUGGACCGCAUGGGCGGACUGGACCGCAUGGGCGGAAUGGAUCGCGUGGGGCCUGGACCGAAUGGCUCCCCCAUGGUCAAUAUUCCUCCCAGCCUGAUGAACAACCCCAAUAUCCCUAAUGAGAUCAUUCAAGGACUACAAAAUGGAAGACUUGGCAGUACUGUUUUUGUCGCAAAUCUUGACUACAAAGUGGGAUGGAAGAAGCUUAAAGAAGUGUUCAGCAUGGCAGGCAUGGUGGUCAGGACAGACAUUUUGGAGGACAAGGAUGGGAAGAGCAGAGGCAUGGGCACAGUAACAUUUGAUAUGCCCAUUGAAGCAGUCCAAGCUGUCUCUAUGUUCAAUGGGCAGAUGUUAUUUAAUAGGGUCAUGCAUGUCAAACUGGAUGAGAAGUCCAUGCCCAAAGAUUUUGGACCACCUGAGAACAGAAGCGCUCCCCUUCCACGCGGCUUGAGUGGUGUUGGUUUAGGUCUGGGCCCUGGUGGUCAGCCUAUCGAUGCUACCCAGCUUAACAGAGGAGGUGGUGGAGGGAUGGGCAACAUGGGUCCAGGAGGAAUGGAUGGAAUGGGCUUUGGCAACAUGGGAGGUCGUAUGGGAGGAGGAGGAGGUGGUGGUGGUGGAAUGGACAACUUUGGAGGAAUGAACAACAUGGAUCGUUUUGGUUCCUCUGGGAUGGGGAGAAUGAAUGACAUGGAUCGUGGAAUUGGUGGUGGCAUUGACAGGGACAUUGGUCGAAAUGAAAUGGGCAUGUCUCGCAAUAACUUUGGAGAUUCCUUUGAAAGAGGAAUUGGAAACUCCAUGGGUAUGGAUCGCAUGAGUUCUUCAAUGGACCGCAUGGGAGGUGGGAUGGAUCGCAUGUCAGGGAUGGACCGCUCAUCUGACCUGGACAGGCUAGGUUCUGGGUUUGAUCGGAUGGGCUCUGGGAUGGACCGGCUUGGGCCCAGUAUGGACAGGCUUGGAUCUGGCCUUGACCGUAUGAGCUCCAGUAUGGACCGCCUUGGUCCAAGUGGCUUUGACCGCAUGGGCUCAUCAGGUUUGGAUCGUAUUGGCGGUGGCAUGGACUUUGGCUCCCCGAUGGGUAUGGAUCGCAUUGGUAACACUGGGCUUGACAGGAUGUCCGGUGGGUUUGACCGCAUGAAUUCAGGUGGAGGGCUUGACCGUUUCACCUCUGGAAACCUCGAUCGUAUGGGCUCCAGCAUGGAUCGGAUGGGAUCUGGGGGUGUUGGUGGUCAGUUUGAUCGUUCCACUGACUUGGAUCGUGGUGGCUUUGGCAAUUCUUUUGGCGGUGGAGGCUCUGGAACCGGAGGAGGCAAUACCAGGAAGGGUUGCCAGAUCUUUGUCAGAAAUUUGCCAUUUGAUUUCACUUGGAAGAUGCUGAAGGAUACCUUCAAUACAUGUGGUAUGGUUCAGUAUGCUGAUAUCAAGAUGGAGAAUGGAAAGUCCAAGGGCUGCGGCGUGGUUCGUUUCGACAACCCUGAAACCGCUGAACGUGCUUGUGUCACAAUGAAUGGCCUGCGGCUGAAUGGAAGAGAGAUCGACGUUAGAAUAGACAGGAAUGCAUAAAUGAUGGUCUCAAACAUGUUAUCAGACGUGUUAAAUCGCUAAUGACCCAGUGCUCCCAAUGCUCUGUCAUCUAAAUGACCCAUUCUGUUCUUUUGGUUUAUUUGAAUAUGUAACAUGAAAAAUGUUAUUUUAGUUUGUAGUUUGAAACAGUGGAUGUGUUUUAGUAUUAUAACUCUUUUUAGAGACCAAAACUUUUUUUUUCUUCAUGUGUCAUUGCCUUUCUCCUGUGAGGUGUUUUGAUAAUUAAAUCUCAAUAUUUGAAAAUA